UGCGUGAAAUACUGGACAUGGUGUUGGCUGUACCUACGCGAAAGAGCUGGCUACCAUAUGUUGAAACAUUAGCUAUUAACUUUCAGAGUAUGAUGGUUGAGCUUCUGCCUGAAAAGGUCAUACCUAAAGUACAUUUCGUGAGUGAAUACUGGAAAAUAAUAGAAGAGAAUGGACCAGCAAUCAAAUAUUGGUGUAUGAGAUACGAGGGUGCACACGCCUAUUUCAAAAAAAUUGCCCUUCAAUCUUACAACUUCAAAAAUAUUCCAAAAACACUGGCUCAACGACAACAAUUAAGACAUUGUUUUUUGCUAUCUGCAUGUCAAUUCUUGAAAACAUUUGAUGAAGCCAGUAGUAUUAAAAAAAUUGAGAUGCAUAGUAUAAAUUCAACAACCAAAGCCUUUCUCAUUGAACAAUUCGGAAAACAAUUCAUGCAACCUGACCAACCAAUUCAUGAAUGCUCUCAAUUAAUUUACAAUCAUAUUGCGUAUAAAAAAGAUGCUAUUUAUGUGUAUGAUUUAGAAUAUGUGGAGGAAAUUCCAUCAUUGUUACAAAUACUUCACAUAUUUAAAUUUAAUCAACAAUGGUUAUUUGUUGUAGAUCUGCUACGUACAGAGGCUUUUAAUGAGAAUCUGUGGAGCUAUAAAGUUAAGUCGUCCAAUACACUGAAAAUUGUUACGCCAAAUGAUUUACAUUACUAUCAUAAAGGUCUAGACCUAUACAAGAUAGAUGAUUUUUGCGUUGUUAAUUUAACAUCAAGAUUAACGAAAGAAAACUAAUAUUUUAGAGAGAAAACAGUUUCAGUAUUUUUUCUUCUACUUUAACUUUCAUAAUGCUUUGUGAUGUAACUACUCAUUUUGAAAAAACUUUUCAUUAAAACACUUCUUUAACUUUUUUUUUAUAUUUCAGAGAAACAAAUCGAUGGUGAUACAUUGUUUUAUAUGAAUGACUUUGACCUGUUAAAACCAUUUACAUUGUCGUACAAAAAUCAAAUACUCUUUUUAAAAGAAAGAGAAAAGUUAUUUUUGACAAAAACAACAAGAGAAAAUCUAACAUCAUCAUCGCCACAACAUCAGGUAACAGCAACCGUUGUCGAUGAUAGUGUACAAAAAACAAGUGAACAUAAUGAUGCAGUUCAAUUAUCAACAGAUGUAACAGCUAUUAUACCACCAAUCACAACAAAUUGUUCAACAUCUGUAAAAUUAUUACCAGAUCCAUAUGUAUUACCAGAUUUGCCUAAUCAAGUCAAAAAUGCAAUUAAUCAUAAGGAAAUGGAGAAAUUUGAUAAAUUAUGUAAUUUCAGAUCGAUUGUGAUCGAUGCAAUAUUUUAUGACCUAAAAAGAAAUUAUAAUUUGAUGUAA